GAUAUGUUUGGUGCAGGGACUGAUACAACAUAUACUGCUUUGGAGUGGACAUUGGCCGAGGUUUUUAGGCACCCAGAAAUAAUGAAGAAACUGCAGAAUGAGGUGACACAAGUAGUCGGAAGCAAAUUAAAUGUAACAGAAGAUGACAUAGAGAAAAUGCCUUACUUAAAGGCAGUGAUGAAAGAGAGCCUUAGACUGCACCCUCCAAUUCCAUUGCUGAUUCCACGAGAAUCGACCCAAGACACUAAAGUAAUGGGGUACCACAUUGCAGCCAGAACACAAGUGAUCAUCAAUGCGUGGACAAUCGCAAGAGAUCCCACGCAUUGGGAAAAUCCCGAAGAAUUUAAUCCAGAAAGAUUCUUAAAGAACACGGCAGUGGACUUUCGAGGGUUAAAUUUUGAGUUCAUUCCAUUUGGUUCUGGUCGAAGAGGCUGCCCUGGUAUUACAUUUGCCAUUGCUGUUAAUGAGUUGGCAUUAGCAAAAUUGAUGCUUAACUUUGAUUUUGCACUACCAGUUGGAGCAAAAGAUUGGGACAUGACUGAAGCUGUUGGAAGCACUGUCCAUAAAAAGAAUCCUCUACUUGUCGUCGCCACUCCUCGUUCUUUCUAG